AUCAGGUCUUAGAGACUCCUCUGGAACGGGCCAGCUACAAUGGUCACCUCCAGAUAGUUCGUCUGCUGACUGGCAGAGGGUCAGAGAUGGAGUGUAGGGACCAGGAUGGAUGGACACCUCUAAUAUCUGCUGCGACCAAUGGUCAUUGUGAUAUAGUCAUUGACCUACUGUCACUUGGUGCUGAUAUCAAUGCUCAGGAAAAUGAUGGGGAGUCAGCACUGAUGGAAGCUGCCCGGUUGGGUAAGACUGAUGUUGUGGUGGAGUUGGUGAAGGAAGGAGCCAAUUUGGACCUACAGAAUAAGUAUGGGGACUCGGCACUGAUGGAAGCA